UUGAUUAAGAAAAUAAAUCAAAAACAUCUGAAUUCUCUUACAGGAACCGAACAUGGAGUCAUCAUCAUCGACGUUUCUCACCACGACAAGCUUAGACAAGAGAAAACCAUCUCCGGUUUCAAGAAAAUCACCAAAGCAAAAGAAGAAGACGACUUCAACGAACAAACCCAUCAAAGUCCGUUACAUCUCAAACCCCAUGAGAGUUCAAACUUGUGCUUCUAAGUUCAGAGAGCUCGUUCAAGAACUCACAGGCCAAGACGCCGUCGAUCUACAACCGGAGCCUAUCUAUUCCCCUUCCUCCGACGACCACAACCUUUCUCCACCGGCGGAGAAUCUUGAGCCACGUGUUCUUCAUCAGGAGCCGUUCGAUGAGAGAGUCGGUGACUGUUAUGUGCCGCCGUUGAAUGGGGAAGAGAUGUUUUUACCUGAUCAGAUGUCGGCAGGUUUUUCUGGGUUUUUCUCUAAUACGUUUUACAAUGUGAAUGACUUUGGAAGCAUCGAUUCUAUAUGAUAAUCUUUACGGAGUUUUUAUUAGGGGUUUCAUUAAGUAGAUAUAUAUAAAUUAUGAAAUCCAUA